AUGGAUCGUAAUAAAGAAUUAACUUUUGACGAAUUCCUCCGAACUGAUCCACAGUAUGAACUAUUAAAAAAGCAACAAUUCGAUGCGUACGAUCUUAAUGGCGAUGGAAUUGUUACACUUAAAGAAUUCAAUUCAUUUAAUGACGAAAAAGAAGAAAAAAGUAUUGUAAAUAAAGCAAGAUAUUAUGGAAAAAUCUUUGAGGAUUUCGAUGAUAAUUUCGAUAUGAAAAUUAGCUUAGAUGAAGCUAAAAAGAUUCUCGUCGAACGUUUUCUUCUUAAACCGCGAUCAAACUUCGCAAAAUUAUUUACGCGAUUUGACAGUGAUGCAGAUGGUAGUCUCAAUAUUUUAGAAUAUGUCAAUUUCGAUAGGGAUUUCCCAUUUGAGGAAUUGGAUCCAGUGGAUGAAGCAAGUGAUAUGUCAACUACUCUUCCAUUGAUGAAAAAAUUAAAAUUAAAGCCAAUGCAGAAGAUCAAAAAGGCUGGUGCAACCGUAAGCUGA